UGUUAUUAUUUAUGUUUUGACUGGUUAUGCAGAAGUAUUAUUCGUAUUCUGUAUUUAAAAUGCACGUGCAAACAAACGCUAGGACUUUGAGACCAUUCAUUUCCUGGAUAUCCGUCUUGGGGUGCAAAGACAAAGCAGUUGGGGUAUAAUUAUCUCAGCAACGGUGAACUAAGAAACAAAGGGUUGUAUCUCAUGCUCCACACGACAUUUGUAACUGAGCUGCUGCUUAAAUUAUGAAGGACUUUCAGGGGCGGGGUAGUAAUUCUCACCUCCAUCCGGGAUGAUUGUACACUGAGGAUUUAAGGUAACCGCAGCAGCACAAAAACAAAUGAAGGUAAAGCUAUGGACAGUUAAUAGAUUCCAUUUCCAGUAAAUGCCAGUUGCUGGUCCCAGUUCUGGGAGGUCACAAAAGUGUCUUUGUUACUUAGCUCCACCGCUUUGGAGUCACGACCAAUGCAGAUGAUGAUCCCACUGGUAGGCACUGCUGAUAUUACCUUUGAAAAUAAAGUAGCAACAAAGAGGCAGUGGUGCUGCUAGAAAAGUAGAAAGUGAGGAGCUGUCACAAACUCUCUCUAACUUGGGUUUAACAAGGUGGGCGUUUGUGCAUAAAGAGUGCCUGCAUGAGCCCCUUCGGGAGCAGCGAGAUGCACCAGCCGGCGGCAAGGAGCGGUGCCACCACUACGGAGCUCGACCCCACAGAACAAUUUGCAAAACGAAAGAGGACUUCCCUCUGGUUCACAAUCUCCCUUCUGGUAGUAGCUAUAUUUAUACUAACAAUUGGCCUGGCAGCUACAACGAGAUCAGACAAUGUAACUGUUGGGGGCUAUCAACCAGGAAUAAUCCUUGGUUUUGGAUCAUUUCUUGGGCUCAUUGGUAUCAACCUGGUAGAGAACAGAAAGCAAAUGCUUGUCGCAUCAAUCGUGUUCAUCAGCUUUGGAGUAGUGGCUGCAUUCUGCUGUGCUAUAGUUGAUGGAGUAUUUGCAGCAAGACACAUUGAUCCACGACCUGUAUAUGCUGGCAGAUGUAAGUUUUAUUCUGGAGGAGCCGGCUAUAUCUAUGACAACUACCAGAUAGAGAUUUCAUGUUCUGCAUUAAGUGGCAGUUGUCCUUUGAAAGUGAAAAGCAACACAUGCUACUGCUGUGACCUGUACACAUGUCUUGGUUAUGAACAAAUAAGUUAUUAUGAGUAUGUCGGUGUUAACAGCUGUCAAGAUGUGGUUCACCUAUAUCGCUUACUCUGGACUUCAACUGUGCUGAACAUUGCUGGAAUAUUUCUUGGCAUUAUCACCGCAGCUAUACUGGGGGCAUUUAAAGACAUGGCACCAGUUUUACCAAUAUCCUACAACACAACAAGCCCUCCUAUUCCUCAAAUUCUUUAUGACCCCGCUCAACAGCUUUUAACAUAUGCUGGAUUGUGUCCCACUGCAACCGCUCUUCCAGGGCACCCUUCUUCCUACCAACUACCAGUUCAGCAUUCAAAUGGUUUUCCAGGAGGCAUUUCUACCGUAUCUGAUGAUAACCAGCAUCCUUCCCAAGCAAGCUCGAACUGUGGCCUUUCUCCUAAUGCACCUCCCUUGUAUACUACAAUAUUUUACACAGCAAGGGACAAACCUCCACCAUAUGCACCAUGAGACAACAGAAACCGUGCUAGAAUUCUUAGCCUAUGAGAAUUCUGGACAAGAUGGAAGAAAAAGAAAACUGCGUGCGAACUUAUUUUCCUAGAAUCACUGUGAAUUGAAACAUAAGCAAAUGUUCUGACAUCUGAUACAAACUAACUGAUGAUGUUUCAUUACACAACUGGAGAACUUAGAGAAAACCCUUGUUUUUGACCUCCAGCUAGAUAAAAAUUGAUGUUUUUUCUAAGUCUUAUAUACAAA